GUACAACCACGCACGCCGAUCUCCGCACUGCACAUUCGAGAAAGCCAUCUGCCCGAGCGCGAGAGCCAUAAUCCCGGGCAAGGCCAUUCGAGGCGUGAUCGAUAGAAGCACGGCAUAGAGCGCAGCUACGCGCGUCGGAGAGAGCUCUGUCAGCACGUGGGCGUGUCGGACCAUCGCCAGAUCCACCAGCACCAAUUCGCUGCCUCAUUCUACACCAACAGAAACAGCCAUGGCGUCCACAAACGAGACUUCACCUCUCCUCCCCACCACCAGUUCCUCGUCCGCCUCCGCGCCGCGACCGACACCUACCAAACCAAAGCGCAAUGUCACCUUCAACUCGACCAUUUCCACAGCUUCUCCUCCCAAUCGACAACGACCGACGCCUUUAUCUUCUACUCCGCCCUCUCACGCCGUCAACAAUGGCUUCGGGUCCUCCGCCAUCGAUUCCAAACAGAGCACGCUUUCCGCGCUGAACAGCAAACUGCGAAGACGAAACUCCUCCGGCGCUGCGAUUCAAAUGCCCAAUCUCAACCCAGCCAGCAAAAUUGGCCCUCAACGCACAACGCGAACAGCAUCCAAACUCAAACUCCUUCCUAACCCAGACAUUGGUGAUGACGGGCCCGAAGAGGAGAGCGGACGAGACGUUUACUCCCAAUUCACACGCAUCAAAGAUCCUACUGCGCGUCGAGAUGCCGCGCGGCUGGGCAAGGAAGAUCGGCAGCGGUUGCCUCGCGUUACGGCGUACUGUACAGCUUCGAGCUACCGGAUUGAGGAGCUGAUGCGGUUUCUGAAGGGGAGGACGAAGACGAAAGGCGCGAAUCCGAAGUUGUUUGACGAGUGUUUGUACUCGCCAUAUUCGUACAAAAAAGAUGAUUUGAGGCCCAGAUCACCUGGAGGGUUGAAGAGAGCGUCUAGUGGUGGCAGCGGCAAUAACGAAGGUUCAGUGCUGUUCGAGGAAGAGGAUCCAGAGGUGGUGCACAGUCAGCCCAUCAGGAGAUUUAGUGAUUCGGCGAUUGAGGUUGACGAGAACGCGAGGGAGAGGAGAGAGGACUUGAUCGAUUUGAACAAUGGUGGUGCUGGUUCGUCUGGGAAUGGCGAACCUACGAUACCUACUGCGUCCUCAAGUACGGAGAUCUCGAGAGCGGCGGACGACGGGGAACUCGGAACCGGAACCUCGAUCGAACGCGACCCGGAGAUGGAUAUCACGGUGCAUAUUCCCGAAGUUUUUCUUUUUGAGUACGGCGUCGUGGUGAUAUGGGGAAUGUCCGUGAAAGAAGAACAGAGAUUCUUGAAAGAGAUCUCCAAGUUUGAACAGGAAAAGCUGGGAAAAGAUGAUGUACAGACGGAAGAAUUCAACUUUUACUACACGAGGGAGUAUCAGGCACGGAUAUACAAUGAUUUCAUAUCAUUGCGUGAGAAGAGGAACUAUAUGACCAAGUUGGCCAUCAGCCAUGCUUUGGCGCAGUCGACAAAGACCUCACUUUACGAAGACCUCCUCGAUGCCACUAUCAGCACGACUCAGACGAUCCCCUCGCAAAUCGCUUCCACAGGCCGGAUCCAAAUGACACGAAAAGAAAUUAACAUGCAAAUCGGAGAGCUGUUUAUCUUGCGGAUCAAUAUCCAUCUUCAAGGUUCUGUGCUCGAUGCUCCGGAGCUCAUGUGGGCGGAACCCCAGCUCGAACCCGUAUAUGUUGCCGUGAGAAGUUAUUUGGAAAUGGACCAGAGAGUGGCGUUGUUGCAAGAGCGGGUGGGUGUCAUUGCGGAUUUGUUGGCGGUCUUGAAGGAUCAGUUGAGUCAUACGCAUGGUGAAUAUCUGGAGUGGAUCGUGAUCGUCCUCAUCGCAGCCGAGAUUCUGGUCGCGGCGAUCAAUAUCGUGGUGGACCUGUAUGCUGGUGUGGAUUAGAGUCGAAUAUGGGUUUUCAUUCGCGCUGCGGGAGAUGUGCAAAGGGAAGUGCAGAGUUGAGCUUCAACGCAGUAAGAUGCCAUCUAAGGAGCAUGUACUACAUGGCGCGAGAAGUUUGUAAGAGCGGCGAGAAAGAUGAUGGACUUGUAAUGGUGCUGUGUGAACUGUACGUUUGAGCAUUGUGUGGACAAAAGAAGACGAGAAGACGAAGAGGACAUUGUGCACACAGUUUAUAUAUCCAUGGCAGACAGGAGCUGUACAAAAUGGGACUUCGCAAGGAGGGCACUUUUCGGAG